UCCAAUAUUGAAAUGCAACACAGCUGACGUUUACUUCACUGCACUGUCACUGCUAUCGGCCGGUGGAUUGUGACCUCCAUCACAAUCCGUCUCAUCCAUUGACUUACCGGAGAUGAUGGCUGUACCUCCAACUUACAUUGACCUUGGAAAGUCUGCCAGGGAUGUUUUCACCAAGGGAUACGGCUUUGGGGUCAUCAAGCUGGACUUGAAAACAAAGUCUGACAAUGGACUGGAGUUCACCAGCACAGGCUCUGCCAACACUGAGACCAGCAAGGUCGCUGGAUCCCUGGAGACCAAGUACAAGUGGGCGGAGCACGGCUUGACCUUCACAGAGAAGUGGAACACCGACAACACCCUGGGGACCGAGAUCACCCUUGAAGACCAGUUGGCUAAAGGGCUGAAGCUGACGUUUGAUUCCUCCUUCUCACCAAACACCGGCAAGAAAAGCGGCAAGGUCAAGACGGGCUACAAGUGCGACCACAUCAACCUUGGCUGUGACGUUAACUACGACAUCAAUGGUACAGCCAUCCACGGCGCAGCAGUAGUGGGCUACGAGGGCUGGCUGGCCGGCUACCAGAUGACCUUCGAGGCUGGCAGGAACAGAAUCACCCAGAGCAACUUUGCGGUUGGAUUCAAGACGGACGAGUUCCAGCUCCAUACGAAUGUAAAUGAUGGCACUGAGUUUGGUGGUUCCAUCUACCAGAAGGUGAAUGACCAGCUGGAGACAGCCGUCAACCUGGCCUGGACUGCUGGAAACAGCAACACCCGCUUUGGCAUCGCUGCUAAGUAUCAGAUUGACCCUGAUGCAUCCUUCUCUGCCAAGGUAAACAACUCCAGCCUUGUGGGCCUGGGCUACACUCAGACUCUGAAGCCAGGCAUCAAGCUGACACUCUCUGCUCUCCUUGAUGGCAAGAACAUCAACGCUGGUGGCCACAAGCUUGGUCUCGGCCUCGAGUUCCAGGCGUAAGAGGAUGAUGCAGACGACCUUCCAGUCCUCCCAGCACACACAGCGUUCCCCACCAAAAAAAAAUAAAAAAUUCCAAAUCCUUUUAUUGAUUAGCUAGCCCUCACAAAAACCCCUGUGUCCCGAGACAAGCUACAGCUGGAGGCAACAUAGCAUUAAACGUCAAAUCCUUCUUGCAACGAUCUACCACUUUUAAAGGACCACUUAAAGGGAACAUUAUAUUUUGGAAAUAAAGAGCUGAGUUCAGAUCAAAACUACAACCAUUAAACAGAAAGUUUUAUCGGGAACUGUGUAGUUUGCAAGGGAAAAAUAGGGUUGAGUACAGUCAAGUGGACCAUCACUACAUUCAAACGCAAUGCUUUAAUUUGUGUCCCUCUCUGCUCUCCAAUGCAGAUCAAAUGGAAAGCACAGUAAGCGUACAGUUGAGUAGUUACAACCACCAGAUGGUGCUGUUGCAUAGCACUAUUAAGCACUCCGUGCUCAAAAGUUGUAGUGGUGAAAUAACUGUUUAAUUUCCACCCUUCUGCACUGGCGAGCUCUAAUGUCUGUCUUGAUAUAGUAUACAAUGGGAUGGUUUAGUUGUCCCUGAUGUAAGCAGCUGUGAUUAGCUCUAAGAGGACGCUAAACUCCAAUGUGGACAUUCUGUGUUUUUGUCUCACUUGUUUUUUGUGUCUGUGCAUUUGGUGUGAAACAUGUCUUUUGUUACAUAUAGUAAAAUAUUAUAUUAUUUUAUUGACGGUCUUGCAUAGUUUAAUCCAUCUGUGGAGUCUUAAGAAGGCAAAGACCUGUUAUUUCUUCCUGUUGGACCGAAGGAGGGAAACCUAUCAUCCACACCGUUACACUUCUCUGGAUAAGAGUUACAGUACUUCUCUGAGGGAGGGUGAAAGUAAUGAAUAGUGUGGAAAGGAAAUUGUAGUCUUCCACAACUGGUUAUGGGAAUCAUGCUUAGUGUAUUUGACAGUAUUGUCGUUCCCUGAAUUAAUAAAGAACAUCUUGAAUCAGUU